AAAAAAAGGAUAAUUCCCAGUAGUUUUUUAAAUUUAAAGAUAUUUGGUUAGGAAUUAUUUUUAUGCUUAUUCAACUUGUACUAUUCCCAAACAAUAACCAUUUCGAUCUAAUCCUGUAAACGAAUUUUUGAGGUUUGUUUCCCAAUAAUUUGAAGACUAUUGCUCAACAAUAACUGUAAAAGUAAAGGAAGUGUUGGAAUCACAAUUUAGGAUAAAGUUCACGUGAAUACUGUUUAUUUUGAUUUUAAAUGGUUUAACAAGGCUGUUAUAUAAGCAUGUAAUAAAGACAUGAAUAUGGAAAACAUGCAAUCCUGAUUAAUAUUCUAUUUCAUAAAAAGGUAAUUAUGGUCAUAAAUUUUUGCUGGUUUCAAAUAAAUAGAUAGAAAAUGCUUGAAGGUCUAGCGGCAUGGAUCUUAAAUAACUAUUUAGGGAAAUAUGUCUAUUUAAAUACAGAUCAGCUGAGUAUUGCACUCUUAUCAGGGAAAGUAGAGUUAGAGAAUGUUCCCUUAAAAACUGAUGCUUUGAGACACCUUGGUUUGCCUAUUAGGAUAAGGGCAGGUUUCAUAGGAAAAGUAAAACUUCAGAUUCCUGUAAGGCAGAUCAGAUCAGUGCCUUGGGUGAUAGUUUUUGAGCAGUUGUAUGUUGUUGCAAGUCCUCUACCCUUAGAUGAGUGGGAUUAUGAAAGUGAACAGUCAUUGCGUCACGAUUUAAAAAUAACGGCUCUAGAUGAUUUAGAAGCCAAGUGGCGUCUGGAGAAAGAUUUACAGGGUACUAAUUAUUAUGCAUCCAGUUAUUCGUCAUGGUACAGCUCAGGGACAGGAUUUGUGUCUGAAAUCAUUGAAAACUUACAACUUAAAAUUCAAGAUGUCCACAUACGCUGCGAAGAUUCCUUUAGCAAUCCCGAUAAAAUCCUGGCAUUUGGAAUCACCAUUGAUUCCCUCACUGCCCAGAGUUGCGACGGGAAUUGGCAACCUGGCUUCGUAUCAUCAGUCAAGGGAGACCAUUCCUUUAAGUUAUUGGAAUUACAAAAUUUUGCCAUAUACUGGACUACCAUUAGUAAAGAAGAAACCUAUGUUAACUUAACAGUGGCUGAACUUGCUGAAUCAAUGAAUACAGCGAAAUCAAAAAAGACACUAAGACAUUUCAUAUUACCAUCAGUCAGUGCGCAAGCUCAUUUGAAAAGAAACAGAAGUACUGAACCUUUAAGGUCGAAUACAGAGCCAAGAAUUAUAUGCGACUUAUUGUUAGAAGAAGUGCCUCUUACCAUUGUAGAUUGGCAAUACAAUCAAAUGGUAACUUGUGUAAAAGGUUUAGAAAAUAUAGGUAAAUUAAGAGCGUAUCGACGAUAUAAACCUUGCUUGUCAGUUAAGGAAGAUGCUAGGGCGUGGUGGUUGUAUGCUAUAAGUUGUUUUUACCCUGGAGGCCAACCGGCCAUCUGUAGGCCAACACCAACGUGGGAAAGUUGUUCUAAAAAGGCCAAAGAAAAUGUAAAAUAUGUUGAAAUCUACAAAAAGUUAUUGAUGACACCAACAGUAGCUUUAACUCCCGACGAGAAAAAGAUCAAAGAUGAUGUUGAAUUGGACAGGGAGUAUGAAGAUUUGAAAAUAUUAAGAGAGGUGGCUAUGAGUACGGUUGUUUUACCACAAGCCGACAGAGAUAAAAGUUCCAGAGGACAAAGUAUGCUGGAAUCUUGGUUUCCACAGUGGAUGGGCUGGUACUCUUCCCCAGCAUCUAAUGACAGUACUUCCACGUCUUCUGCCGAAGCUAAACAGCUAGAAGGAGAAAUUUUACAAGUUUUAGCCGAUACUGCAGAAAAUAACACAGUACUUAAACGGGAUGCAGUGUUUGGGCAGUUUACGUUUUGUCUUAAAACAGGAACAUUAAAGUUGUGUACUGUAGAUCAGGAUUCGAAAGAAACAGCAUCUAUGCUGGAAUUGGAAUUCAAAAAUUUGUCUUUAACGUUCGUGAGCAAACCUCGUACUUCGGCUCAUACGGUCGAACUAUCUUUGGACGCUCUGUAUCUCAAAGACAAAAUAACCAGAGACACUAUGUUUCCUGUUUUAGUGGGGCCCCCAGGUCACGAUAGGACUGCUAUGGCUCGCAACAGAGCCGCGAAUAUUCCUAGUAGAGUUUUAAGUUCAGGCAAAUUAGAAGAGUUGGAACAGCAACUCUUUUAUUUGUCCUAUGAGAAGAAACCUCUGAAAUCUAGCUGUGAUUAUAGGUUAACUGUGAAAACGAAAUGUUUAGAUGUAGUUUACCAAGCGAACGCUGUUAAAUGGUUGAUGGACUUUAUUUGUUUGCCUUAUCAACGUGAUAUAACGCAAUCGAGAAUAGAGGCUAUGAAAUCUAGAACUAAGAAAGAAUUUAUUAAGAAUUGGGAACAAAUACUUGAAGGUCGCGCUGUUGCGCGAAGUACUUGGGAUUUGGAAUUGAAUAUUUCCGCCCCACAAAUUAUCUUUGUAGAAGACUUUACCGACCAAAAUUCCGCAAUGGCGGUAAUAGAUUUUGGUAGAUUACAACUCAGGAACAAUACUACAAAUACUAUACCUCAAUCAAAACCCGAAUUUAUAGCAAAAGAAAGCGAAGAUGAUGAAACAUUCUUGACUCCUUGUUCUACACCUCCUGUCAGCGAGGAGAACAGUCCAGAUUCUGAAGAACUAACGUUGGAACAAAUAUCGCAAAUUGAAGACUUUUUCGAUCAUAAACUAAACGAGAGCAACUUGCACAAUAAAUUGUAUGAUUGUUAUAGCUUAGAAAUGAACGAUAUGCAAGUUUUGAUUGGGAAAGCCAAGGAGAACUGGAGAUAUGCUUUAAAUAAAGGUUCUUCAACUCUUCACGUGUUAGAUAGGUUCAACAUUUCUUUACAAAUAGAACGAAGAGUAGUUCAUACAGUUGAUCCGCUAUAUCCAAGUUUGACACUUAAUGCCAACUUACCAAAAUUAGUAUUUCAUUUGAACGAAAAUAAAAUUAACUCUGCCAGGAACUUAAUCCAUCUUAUCGUCUCCAAUGGAUUACCCAGUCCUUUUAACAACCCUGAAAGUUUUAAUGGAGAUAUAGCUAAUGGAAAGGAUGAAAACGAAGAUAGUAUCAGUUACGAUACGAAUUUUGAGAUGUCCAGACUAUUGAUGAUGCAGUUCACGGUAGAUCAUAUGUCCCUUGAGCUACAAAGUCGAGGUAGAUCAGUAGCCGAGUUACAAGUUGCCGGAGUUAAAAUUGCAUUUGCCAAAAAACCUCUUGACAUGAACAUAACACUAACAGUUCACAGUCUGCUUUUAGUAGAUGCCUUACAGAAUUUUGGACCUGAUUUUGAACUACUUGUAGCCAGUCAUAAGCACGUUGGUAUGGAUUCAAUGUCCGGUAGUCUCCGUGACAGUGACCCUACUUCCCCCACCUCUCCGGCUAGCCCAGAUCCAAACGUCACACGUCAGAGUGCUACGUCACCGGUAGCUCUGACGCAGGCGCUGAGCACUCUGUCUAGCGAUCCUCCAAAAUGGCCUAGUGUGUUAAGAAAUGGGUUAUUUGUUGAUACUGAGGCUUUGAUUACUAUUGAAAUUUGUUUAGUAUCUGGUCCUGAUCCAAUUCACAUAGCUUCUAUUCAGUUUAACAACUUAGAUAUCAUAGCAAACCAGGAAACCAUAGUAGAACUAGUAGGUUUCGUGAAAAGGGUAUUCCCAAAAUCGCAAAGAACGUCUAACGUAAACUUAACCUCUGUUAUACCAAGCAGUGUCAGAGAAUCAGCAGAAUCAUUAGAAGAAGAUACUUCCACAUCCAGUAUAGGUUCUACUGAGCUAAUUUUUGACUUUCAUCGUCUGAAUGUUUUACUUCUCAGAGGAGUUAUCAAAGAUGGCGUGCUUUAUGGAAAGAAAAUUUGUACUGCUACGAUGUCUGGAGCUAAAAUCAACGCUACAGUAGCUGAUAAAUUGGAAGUUGAAGGGUCUUUAGGAGGUUUACAGGUACUAGAUUUAACACCAGAGGGCCAGAUGCACUCCAGAAUCAUUAGCGUAGGAAGAGACUUGUUAUUAGAAACACCCCAUCCUAUCUACGCCAUGUCUAUACCACCAGAUGAUGACAGGAAAGCUUUCAGUUUCAAGAUUGUCAGAAAUCUGAACAAGGCUAAAAUUGACGGCAAGGACAACGCAGAUGUUACUAUUAGAAUGGCUUCUUUGUGGUACACUCAUUCUCCCAAGUUUGUUGUUGAAUUACAGAGCUGUGCCACAGAGUUCAAACAAUACUUGUCCAACUUAGCAAAGUCUAUUCGAAUGGCAGCUACGGAUAUGGCUUUGGGUCUUGUCCACGCUCGAGCUGAAGCCUUAGCUCAGUCUUUGAGUAUGAAUAAGCGCCUUCCUAGUUCAAUUUACGGCAGCGCGUUGUCUUUUACGGACAGCGGUUCACCGGGUAGACGUAGGAGGCGGAGUAGUUCAAAUGAACCGAGCGGUUUCGUGUCUGCCAGGGAUACGAUACCGCAGACACCUUAUAGUCCGGUUGAUGACGAUGAUUUUGUGAUAGAUGUUAAUUUAGAUAUUGAACUGGACAGUCCCGUUUUGGUUUUACCUAGAUCCCAUGCCAGUACAGAGGUUUUUGUAGCUCAUUUAGGUAAAAUCAAGAUAACUAACAGUUACAGCAAUUCCAGCGAUAGUAUUAACGAUGGAUAUUUCUAUGAUCCGUCUGAGAGUAGGAAAGAACAUUACGAUUUUGAGGUUAGAGAUAUGAAUAUAUAUUCGUUGAAUAUCAGUUCGAGAAGAGUUCCUGGUCCAAUGAUAAGCAAGCCUGAGAUUUUAUAUAGCUGUAAAAAUUUAGCCAAACCUAUUCUGCAUGACACCAUGCUUCAAUUGAAUAUAGAUAGAGAAAUAAGAAAAUAUAGUAAAGGAAAAAUGGAUGAGAGAUUAUUUUUAGACAACGAAGAAGAUUAUGAUGCAUUAUUAGAGAAGCCGCCUAACGUUAUUGAAGUGUCGGGAAGUAUAGUGACAGCUUUAAAAGUGUCAUUGUCAAGGUCGCAGUAUGAACAGGUUUUGGAUACAGUACAGUGGCUUACUUCCUCCCCUACUUUGAAUGAUUCACAGGGUGUUUCUAGGACUAAUAUCAGGUCUCAGCCGAUACUUAGCGAUAUUACAGAGGAAGAUACGGGUGUAACGACACUGAAUAUGGAUCCCCACAUCAGAGCAAAACUCUUCUCCCCUAGCUCCACCUCUUUACAAAAAAAUACGAAAAACACAUCACAAAAUAUUAAUCUUUUAAUAAAAGUAAACUUUGAACUGCCCAUAUUUACCAUAGAACUGAGAGGUGAUGGGCCCAACGGAGAGCAAGGAUUGGUCGAUUUAAGUUUUCAGGAUUUUAAAUUUAACUACGAAAAAUCUCACAAAUACGAGACAAACGUCUUGAUAUCUCUGAGGUCGAUUUUUAUGGAGGAUUUGCUUCAACCCGAAGGAUCAAGGCAACGUUCCAUGGUUAUAUCUUCAAACGGAUCGGAUCCACCACCAAACACGACUUGCGUGUCAAGAUCCUGCCCUGAUAUAACCUCACAUCCUCACAUUUCCGGUGUGAUGCAUGGAUCUUUGCCCGAUCACUUAGAAACGGGCAACGUCUUCGGGACGGUGCAUAUUCCCCAAAAAAAUACAGAGAAUUUCAGACCUGAAACAUCUAAUUAUCCAUCAACACCACCUCCAAGCCCCACUCAUGGUCGUACGAGACUAGAAAAGAAUCUUGUUCUUGUUUCUUCAAUUAUCGUGGAUCCAGCUGCACCAAAUUUCGACACCCAGUAUAAUUCCACCCACCGAUCGACAUCUGUGGACUUCAGUUGUCUGGAUUUGGUGAUAAGCGUUCCGUCUUGGGUUGUGGUUAUAGAUUUUUUUAGUGGUUCCAAUUCAUCCAGCAAAUAUUCUUCUAACACUAAUCUGAGCAGCAGCACUGAAGAGAGAAAAGCAAGUUUAGAAAAUAAACAUAAAGCCUUGACAGAUAUUACAGUGUGCUCUCUGACAGUGGUUUUAGUCAAGCCAGACAUGGAAAUAGCCAGAGCGAACAUAUCCAGCGUUGAAAUUCUAAUAAACACUCGAGGAUUAUACAAAGAAGUCACUGGAAAAUUAGGUUCUAUGUCGCUGUUAGACAUGACAUUACACGGUCAAAUCUAUCGUGAAAGGUUCCUUACAUCUGGGAAAGAAGCUUUGCAGUUUCAAUAUAUACGGUAUAAUAUAAAGAUUUAUUCUUUAAACAGGGUAGGAAUUAAAAAUAUGAUUGUUGCAGGCAUGCCAAGCGCUGAAAAAGAAUAUGAUGCGCUAUUGAAGUUGGAUAUGGCGUCAGUUAUGUACGUUCACACUAAGCGGUUUGUAGCGGAAAUACAGGCGUUUUUUAACAAGUUUAUUGAAAGGCAGGCAACAGUGAUGAAGGGUAUACAUGCAGCUACCAGUGGAAAAUUAGUUUCAAGUGAACCUUUCCGGUUGUCACUCAAUCUCAAGGUUGGUUAUCCAAUAAUCCUACUUCCUGUAAGCUCAAAAUCUACCAGUUUACUCAUCAUUGACCUAGGACAACUCGUGAUCACAAACACUUUCAAACUUUCUGGUGACGAAGGCACUAUAAGCGUCUUAUCCGAUACAGAAUCCAAAAAGAAGUGUCUCCUUGAGGUGAUGCACAUUGACUUAGAAAACAUGGACCUGUACACAGGUAUCAAAGAGAGUGAACUCAGUCCUUUAAAGAAAUCUUCAGAUAACAGCUUUAAAUUUGGUUCGUCGUUUAUUAUGAGAAAAGGACCGUCUUUGUUAACGAAAAAGUUUGAACUAAAACUUCAGUAUGAAAGGAACUUGUACAAAAACUUCUGUCACAUCGUUGCUGAUUCGAGUAUAUAUGGAAAUUUGUCUACUCUAGACGGAGCAUUGGACUUACAACAGUACAAAUUAAUAAGAGGUUUAUUGACUUAUAAUUUGGGUGAAGAUACGGAAAGAAUAUUUCCUUCGGUCUAUUUGAGGAGUGCUAGCAUUGAGAUGGAAUCCAGAGAAGAAUGGAUUAUAUCAUCCAUAAAAUUGAGCAUGCAAAACGUUUCUUUACGUCUGGUAAUGUCUCAUGGAUACCACUCACCAUUAACAUGUAUCAAUUUUAUAAAAUCUCAUUUAACAGUUGAGACAUUCAGUAAUCUAAGUCAAGAUGUUGACCUAGUUUCACAAGAAAUUCUAGUUCUUGAUACAAGGUUUGAAGGUUCAGAACACGAGUCUAAAAACAAUAAUAACGUAUUUACGAAUAUCCUGCAGCCUAUAAAGAACUCUACAGGGUCCAGUGAUCUUGUCCAAGCCGAAAUACACAGCAGGAGACGGCAGGAUCACAUAAAAGUGACGAUUUUACUGAAUAACAUGAGACUGAUGGCGAUAUUUGAUUGGUGGGAAUCAGUGAGGGAGUUUAUUUUCCAGGAGUUUGAGAUUAUUUAUACCAGUCCUGAGCAUCAGAAAAUAACGAAAACUCUGAGUACUGGUCGAGAUAUUUCUUUUGAACUUAAACUAAACGUUACCGAUUCUGAACUGGUAGUUGUUGAAGAUUCAUCUCAGUGGGAUAGUAACGCAGUUAUUUUAAAGAGUACGACAGUGGUAAAAUACCGACCAAACCAUUUAGAAAAGCCGUUGUCCUGUAGCUUAAAUAACUGUGAAAUGUUUUCGUGUAUAUUGGGAAUUGAAGAUGAAACAGCCUUAUCUAUUAUUGACCCGAUCACUCUGAACAUUGAAGUGGUUAAAGAUGGUCUUAUGGAAAUACAGUUACAGUUUUUGACAGUUCGAUUGUCUUACCAUGACAUGUGCAUGUUCAAACAAAUGUUGGACUCUUUACCAAAACAAUUCAUGACUGGACAGGAAAAAGAAAUAGAAGAAUCUCCUAAAUUAAGAAAUAAAUUAAAGGUAUUAAUGGCGCUGGGUUUUAGCAACGAAGAUUGUUUGAAAGCCUUGGAAAUAUGUGAAAAUAGACUGGACGACGCAGCAAUUUGGCUGACUCAGCAUGCCAAAGUUAAUUAUAACAUUAAACAGAAGAAAACUUUAGAUAUAAAAACCAUUGAACUUAAAGCUAGUUGUAUUUCCAUCUGUAUCAUCGACGAUUGUGGUGAUUCUGAUGUGCCCUUAAUAGAACUAUUGUUCUCUGAUUUGGAAUUCGUACAAACGUUGCCUGAUAUAAAUUUUACAAAUCCGGUUGGUUCUAAUGGUUAUAUACACUGUUCUCUGGCUAGCGAUUAUUACAACAGGGUUCUUUCUGGAUGGGAACCAAUCAUUGAACCUUGGAUCUGUAAAAUAUCAUGGGAGAAAAACAUGCCACAAAUGUUAAAGACCCGCCUCAAGCUAAAGGUCCAAUCAGAUCACACGUUAAACUUCAACAUGACCUCCACCUUUAUGGACUUGUACAGACAAGUUAAAGAAAACUGGAUUAAUGAUUUCAUGAAGAAGUCCAGUGUCGCGCAGAAAGGCACAAUGAGUUUCAGAAGAAGGUCUCCUUUUAUACCUUUUGCUUUAAAGAACGACACGGGUAGCAGUUUGAAGUUUACCUUGCUCUUGAGCAACUUGAAUACUCCAAAACCUCUGAUACCGAAUAAUGAGGAUAACUGGAUUAUUGCGGAAGCUGGGGACACGAUACCGUUUUCUUUUACUAACAGAGAUAAAUCAAGGUAUCAAAAUUCUCAUAAAUUGGAGCUGCACUAUUUGACAGUCAAAAUAGAUGGAUGGCACCCAGUUGAACCUAUAACUAUCGAUAAAGUUGGCACGUAUUUUAGGGAUACUCCAGCAGAUGUUCUUAAUAGGAAUAUCGAUAUUCCACCUGGCAGAGUUGUUUUCGAUGUGGCCUUGGAAGGAUCAGCAAGAAAAUUAGUUACAGUGAGGUCCGGACUAAGAAUUACCAAUAAUUUACCUCACGCCAUCGAAAUGAAGUUGGAAAGUAGAUUACCUCAUGAUUUCAUUCCAUUAUGGUUACCAACAAAAAAUUGUACACUAGAACCUAAAGGGUGUCUGGCUUUACCUAUAGCGCAUGCCCAUUCUUUGAUAAACAUUAGACCAACAGGACUAGCUCAUCAAUAUACGUUUUCUAAUACUACCCUGAUGUGGAACGAAUCUUUGAGUAGUCAAAGAAUACAAAGUGGAGCCUGUCAUACACACAAGGGAGACAACUACAGAUUUUGCGCUCAAUCGUUGCGGGAAAAAGUCUUGGUUGAAAGAAACAUGAAAAUUGAACAGCCUAUGCACCAGAUUGUUUUAAUGCCACCACUGAUGUUGGUGAAUCUUUUACCACUAGAUUUACAGUAUGCAUUAGCUGGAGAUAGCAAUGUUAUUAAACCAGGAUGUAGCGCAGCAUUGACACAUGUUGAUCUAGAGCAAGAUAUGUAUUUAGAAAUUAGGUUGGAAAAUUUCAAGAUGAGUAGUCAUUUUGUUAUAGUCCCGGGAAUAACGCAACAAGCCUAUAAAAUCAAAUUGGAGGAUUCUAAACAAAGAAAAUUGUAUCUAACAGCUGAAGUUUCAUUAAAUAGGGACGCAAAGAUCAAGAUAUCCAUUCUGGCCUCGUAUUGGAUUGUAAAUAGAACAGGACUUCCGAUCGUUUUUAAACAGUCGGGAACCUCCAUGGAAGCUGCAGGACAGUUUGAUGAGCACGAGCAAGCCAGAAUGGUCUCGCCUUUGCUUUUUAGUUUUUUGGAACACGAUACUAGUCAAACCAUAAAUGCUAGAGUCGGUAAAAGAGUCGUCUGGGAUGGGACACCACAAUGGUGUUCAAAUUUUCAUGUAAGAAAAGGCACACAAUAUCGCAAGUUAUACGUAACUAUACGCGAGGAUAGGUCAGAUAGAGUCUUCAUCAUAGGAAUCGAAGUACGAUUUGGUAGAGGCAAAUACAGAAAUACCACGAUCAUAUUCAUAUCGCCCAGAUUUCAACUACACAACAAAAGUUCCUAUAAGUUAGCCUUUGCACAGUCGCAUAUGGUCAAAAAUUCAAUCAACAGCCCACAGAGUAGAAAAGCUUUUAUGAAAGCUGUGCCAAAUUCUCAUUUGCCUUUCCAUUGGUCUGUCCUAGACAAGCCUUUGCUUCUCAGCGUUUCGAUUGAAGAUAUUCCUGAUUGUGGAUGGUCAGGAGGAUUCCAAAUCGACACAGACAAUUCAAUGCAUAUAAAUAUAAGAGAUGCCAAUUCGAGAGUAUACUUUCUUCGUCUCGAAGUUGUUCUACAGGGUGCUACAUAUUAUGUGGUGUUUACUGAUGCUGACACCAUGCCGCCUCCUAUAAGAGUAGAUAAUUUUUCCGAAGUGUCUAUUAUAUUUGGACAGAGUGGUUGUGAAUUGCUUAGUACAGCAAGAGCGCAUUCUAGUGUGCCUUACGCUCUGGAUGAACCCACCAAAGCGAAUUACAUAAAACUGAUAGCUCCAGGAGGCGUAACCCAUGCGUAUAAUCUCAACAACUUAGGCCCGACGGAGGAAUUAACCUACGAAAAUUUCAUAUAUAUUGCUUUCGUGGGAACGUUUAAAAAUCAUCAGAAGGUGAAAGAUCCUCAAGAAGUGGAAUGCCAGGAAUUGGUGUUGGAUAUAGGACGAAACAAUAAAGUUAUUUUGGCUAGGAAGAUACCUGGGCAAAGAUCUCAGCUGUGGAAAUUUACAUCCGAAGGUUAUCUGCAACAUGAAGGAAGUAGUCCUCCUACACAUCCGAAUUCUCCAGUAUCCCAGAGCAACAUCUUAGUGUUAGAUAUAGCGGAUACUGCUCCACAACCCAGCUUUCUUACGAGCCAUGUUAAUUUUAAUUCUGGUACUAGUAGUAGUAGGAGAUUCCAUAGGAAAAUGUCUAAUUCUGUUAGCAGACUCGCUUUGCGAAAAAUAGAUCGCAGAAGGUUGUCGACGCAGAGAUGGCGCUUUACCGGCGAAGGGAGGUUAUGUUGCGACCACUACAACAUGUGCGUGCAGUCGGAGGAUGGAUUCUUCGGACUCAGAGAAGGUUCUGCGGCGGUUUUGGGUCUACCUCAGCCUGUCUGUCAUAAGUUGACGGACAAAGGAAUACCAAUUGAACAAGCAGUGGAGCCGCAAAGACUGAGGCCUGGUUCUGGCGUCUUGACAAUAAACAUUAAUAUGGAUGGUCCCACCCAGGUGAUUACUAUCAUGGAUGUCAAAGAAAAGAGAGUCUAUGCUCUGUCCGAUGACAGAGAGUGGGGAACUAUAUCUCAGAGACCAAGAUUAACUGUAGGAGAGGACGAAGACACUAAAAAGGACAACAGCGAGUUACAGUUCAACCUGAAUUUGAAGGGCAUCGGAAUCAGCGUUGUUUCCCGCCAAAUUCCAGAAGAGCUGAUCUACGCCCAUUUUUCGAAUAUCAUAGGCGAAACUGUCAUUACACCCCGUAAUAAACAGUUUUGUAUCAGCGUCAAAGAUUUACAAAUCGAUAAUCAGCUAUUAGACGCACCUGUACCUGUUGUCUUAUACGUCACACCACCAAGAACCACUGAAGAAGCAGAAGAUCAUCUACCAGCGAUAGAUUUGAAGUCAGAAAUACAAGAGCAACAGAAUAACAACGCUGUGAUAUUUAAAUAUUUUAUUUUGAGUCUUCAAAAAAUCACCGCUAUAAUCGAGGAAAAGCUUUUAUUAAAGCUGUUCGCUUUUGUUGGAUUGCAUAUCGAUCAAGAGGAAGUCAUAAAUAGGGAUGAAAAUGACUAUGAAACUCAGAGGUUGUUAUCGGAAGUUUCAGCUGCCAGUGCUAAAAGGUAUUAUUUUGGUGUAUUGCAGCUUAAACCAGGCGAGAUAAGGUUAAGUGUGAGAACAGCAGGUAAACUAUCCGGUAGUUUACACAAAAUCAAGAAAAAACUGGGGCUAACCCUCAUAAACUUUGAGGACGCCACUAUCACCUUGGACUCUUUCGAGAGAAAGCAUCCGUUCGAGACCAGCCAGUUCUUGUACAACAGCAUUAUCAAGCAUUUCAAAGUCGAACUAGUAUGGCAAGCAGCCGUCAUUCUCGGUUCAGUGGAUUUUAUCGGCAACCCUAUGGGCCUGAUGAAUGACGUUUCUGAAGGUUUUUCCGGUCUAAUUUACGACCGCAAUGUCGGGGCAUUGGUUAAAAACGUCACUCACGGCCUGUCAAACACCGCUGCCAAAGUAACCGAGUCUCUGAGUGACGGUUUAGGGAAAAUCGCCAUGGACGACUAUCACGAGGAAAUGAGACACAAAAUAAGACAGGUUGCGACUGUGGGCAGAUCUUCUGAUCAUAUUCUGGCUGGCCUCAAGGGUUUCGGUUUCGGAAUACUGGGUGGCGCUACUGGUAUAUUCAAGCAAGUGUAUGAGGGCGCUUCUAACGAGGGCCUUCCUGGUGUCUUCUAUGGUUUAGGCAAAGGAGUGGUGGGAGCCGUCACCAAACCGGUCGUAGGUGUCCUGGACCUGGCCUCGGAGACGGCGAGAGCAGUUAGAGACUCCAGCAGAAGUAAGCUGAUAAAAGAGCGUAAGAGGUUACCUAGAUGUGUCCAUGGUCCUGGGAGUUUACUACCAAGAUACGACGCGCUUCAAAGCCAAGGCCAACAAUAUUUGUACAUUAUCAAUGACAAAAAUUAUGAAGAGAAAUUGUUAGCUUACCAAGUGCUUCGCAGCGGACCAGAAGAUCUGCUUUGUAUAGUGUCAGAUAAAAUGGUUAGAAUAGUGACUGGACCACCAGAUCUAACCACCAUCAUACCGUGUCAUUUAAGCGACCUAGAAUCCUGUAACGUGAUCAAAGACUCCGAAAAGAACGAGACCAAGUACUACAUAGAAAUAGUGAUGCACCACGCAGGUCUGAACGCUGCGGUUUUGAAUCCCGACCCGAUCAAAAGGCCGAAGGUGCGCUGCAACACCGCAGAAACGGCCGUUACUACCGCGCAGCAAAUCAACUGCGCCAGAACGCUGUACAUCGAGAACCUGUACACGCUGAUCGGCGAGGAGAACAAUGCAACAUUGGAAGACUGAAGAGGCGAAAGUCACCAAACACGAAACGUAAUUGUACAUAUUUAUUUUUAUUAAAAAUAAGCGGACAAAUCUAUAAAAAGACGUAACAACGAAUGUGAUAAAGUACUUGUUAUUUUUUAGUUGAUUAACGUUUUUUACGCGUUAAAAAACGAGUUACCAACGCACUCAGUCAAAGAAAAAAGUUUGAUUUUACUUAUAUUCACAGUUAAGCUGAAAAAAUC